GUGACGCCACUCGGCCAGGUGGACCUCUGCAGCGCCACCUUCACCUACCCGCUGAAGGCCGAGAGGGGCACCUUCCACAUCAGGACACCUGAACGCACCUUCAUCCUCAAGGCCGUGACCCAGGAUCUGAUGCUCUAUUGGCUGCAGCAGCUGCAGGUGAAACGCUGGCAGCACAGAUGGAAAUCCACCUGUCCAGACCUGACAAACAACAACAACAACAACAACACUGCAGGUGACUUCCUGCCCGUGUUGAGCGGGCCGCCGGGUCUGGUGGGGGAGGAGGCGGCCAACGGGCCCACGCCGCGGACGCCGCUCGCCAACAUGUCCAUCAAACACCCGCUCAUCGAGAUCCAGAACUCCGUCCACAGUCUCCGUAAGAGGGCGUCUCAGGAGUGGACUCAGGGUGUGGUUCACGCCGACGCCCCACCGGGGAUCUCCCUGAACUCCACGAGCACUUCUCACCCAAUAACUCCCAAGGUGAUGUCCGUUGAGACUCCGCCCCCUCCCCUCUCAUUGGCCGAGGCAGCGGGCCCGGCGCCCCCGGACUCGCCUUCGCUGUUGGACGGUCGAAGCAGGAGGACGAAGAGCCGCAGCUCGUCCCCUCUGAUGGUCCUCUGCAGAGACACUCUGUCCUCCGACCGGACGUCUCGUCUCCAGCAGGAGAAACGGAUGCUGCUGGAGGACGUGAAAGCUCAGAAGGAGCUGGUUUGGAUCCUCCACAAAGCCUUGGAGGCGUCUCAGCUGGAGAAGCGAACCUGUGCUGAGUUCUUGGUGGAGAAAGGUGAGCAGGAGCGUCUGGAGCUGCUGCGACACCGCGAGCGUCAGGCGGCCGACCUGCGAGGCCGACUGGAGGAGGCGAAGAAGGAGGCGGAGGCCGCUCAGGGGAGCCUGGCUCAGAGGGACGCGCUUCUGGCCGAGCUGCAAGAAAACAUCGACAUGCUGGUGGAGAAGGACAACGCCAAGCAGGAGGUGAUCAUCAAGCUGUCUGAUCAGGUGACCUCAUGUAUGUCUUUUGAUGGCGGUUCGAACUCUCAGACCUCCAGACAGCUUCAGCGAGAGAUGGAGAACCUGAAGGACGACAUCGAGGCCUACAAGACUCAGAACAAAUUCCUGAACUCUGAGAUCCACCAGCUGACGAACCUGUGGAGAACCAGUUCUGAGCAGGAGAAGAGUCUGAUGGUGAAGUGCGCCUACCUGGAGGCCAGUAACUGUCAGGUGGAGAGCCGUUACCUGGGCGUCCUGCGGCAGCUGCAAGAGACCAAAUCUUUAGAUCCGGUCCAGCAGGGGGCCGUCCAGAAGAUGAUCCAGGAGGCCCUGAAAGGAGAGCUGAAGAGCACCCUCAAGCUUACCGUGGCCAGAGAUCACGAUGAGUAUGGCUUUAAAAUCAUCCCGGAGUACGAGGUGGAGGACAUGAAGCUGCUGGCAAAGAUCCAGGCGCUGGAGAUUCGCUCACACAACCUGCUGCAUCAGGACGGUGCAGAGCGCCCCCUGUUGAGUCGCUGGGCUCAGUACCUCGCCGGCAGGUCCGAUGACCUCUGUCCCUCACCUGAGCUCAAAGUUCUGCUGCGAGGCGGCAUCCCUCGGGAGUACCGACAGCAGGUGUGGCGCUGGGUGGUCCGAGCCAGAACCAGGACCAUCAGGGAGCGUCACCCACAGCGCUACCAGCAGCUGUGUGAGAAGAGUCGGACGUGUCCUCAUUCCGCCUCCAGACAGAUCCAGCUGGACCUCCAUCGCACCCUGACAACAAAUCAGCACUUCUCCUCACCCUCUAGCCCCGCCCUCCAGCAGCUUAGCCGCAUCCUAUUGGCCUUCUCCUGGCAGAACCCUGCCAUUGGCUACUGCCAGGGACUCAACAGGUUGGCGGCCAUUGCUCUGCUGGUCCUUCAGAGCGAAGAAGACGCCUUCUGGUGUCUGGUGGCGGUGGUGGAAGCCAUCAUGCCGCAGGACUACUACACUAACAAGCUGGUGGCCUCUCAGGCGGACCAGCAGGUGCUGAAGGACUUCCUGGUGGAGAAGCUUCCCAGACUGGCGGCUCACUUUGAGGACCACAGCGUCGACGUGUCUCUCAUCACCUUCAACUGGUUCCUGGUCGUGUUCGUGGAGAGUCUGCCGAGCGACAUCCUGCUGCCGCUGUGGGACGCCUUCCUGUAUGAGGGCACCAAGGUGAUCUUCAGGUACGCUCUGGCUCUCCUCAAAUACAAAGAGGACGACAUGUUGAAGAUCCACGACGGCGUGGAGAUCUACCAGUACCUGCGCUUCUUCACCAAGACCAUCUCUGACGGCAGGAGGUUGACGGGCAUCGCCUUCAACGACAUGAACCCGUUCCCCGGCCGCCUGCUGAGGAACCGCCGGGCGCUUCACCUGGCUCGUCUGCAGGGAGAGCUGCGCGAGCUGGAGGAGCAGCAGAGGGAGUUCGUCACGGAGAGCGCCGAGCGCAGAGACAAGGAGCUGGACGCGGCGGUCAGCGAGGACGACGAGGAGCUCUGAUCCCACGCACCACUUUACUUAUGACGGCCCAACGGAUUCUGUACUCAUAUAUAUAUAUAUAGAUAUAUAUAUACAUAUAUAUCUAUAUAUAUAUAUCCCACGCACCACUUUACUUAUGACGGCUCAACGGAUUCUUUACUCAUAUAUAUAUAUAUAUAUAUAUAUUAUAUAAC